AUGAGUUCCAUACCACUGCUGAACAGCGACAACACACCAACAAUCGACAUCAUCGCAUCAACCAGCAACUCAUCAUUCUCUCCAUCAUCAUUUUCUCCAUCGUCCUUAUCACCAUUAGCCUCAAAAGCAACGUCAUCGUCGUCUUCGUCGUCACCAUCCCUCACAGACACGCCAUCAUCGGCGACGGAUUCAAAUUCGGCCAACACUUCCAUUACCGUCAUGGAACAAAUUUUCACAACAACCGUUGAAGCGGGUGGUUCUGGGGGCGAGCCGAUGUUGAGGUACCCCCUCUGGGAGGCCUGCAUCAUCUUAAUAUUUUGCCUCAUCAUCAUCUUGGGUACGAUAGUCGGAAAUAUUCUCGUCUGCAUUGCCGUCAGCAUCGUUAGAAAACUGAGAACGCCUUCGAAUCUGCUGAUCGUCAGUCUGGCCGUGGCCGAUUUGUUAGUGGCCUUGGUGGUCAUGCCGCUGGCUGCCAUGUACGAAGUGAUGGGCGUGUGGAAGCUGGGUCAAGUCAUGUGUGACGUGUGGACUUCGUCUGACGUCCUACUUUGCACCGCCUCCAUCCUCAACCUCUGCAUGAUCAGCGUCGAUCGAUACUUCGUUAUAACGAGGCCGUUCGACUAUGCUAUGAAGAGGACUCCAGGCUUGAUGGCCGUCAUGAUUCUGUCCGUGUGGUUGUUGUCGGCGCUCAUCAGCAUACCGCCACUCUUCGGCUGGAAGUCGGACACGCAAGAAGAUGUUUGCGAACUCAGCCAGGCCAUCGGCUACCAGUUCUACGCCACCAUCGGCGCUUUCUACCUGCCUCUCACCGUCAUGAUCAUCAUCUACUAUCGCAUCUACGCCGUUUCCUCUCGAAUCCACAAGAAAGAAUUGAAAUCGAACCCGGAGCACAAGCAGCUGAGAAGUGCUAGCUCGUUUUCAUCGACUUCAUCGUCGUUCGGUAGGAAGAUGUCUGACCAUCCUCCCCCUCCGCAUCACCAUCAGCACGAUCAGCACCAUCGUCAGAGUAGCGGUAAUGACGACUGGAUCAACAAGAAGAGAAAAAUUUCGAUGGAAAGCAGUAGCAGUAGGAAGCCAUGUUUGCACGGUAGAGGAUCCAACCAAUCGGAGAAUAGUAAAAAAGAAGGUGAGGAUUCGAACGUGCAGGCAACAAAUUCGCCUACCACCCUCACCGUGCCUGAUCCCACAAUACAAAUCAUAAAUCCACCACCAUCUCCCGCCUCUAAAGCUCUGAGGAAACACCUGAAAAAUGUCAGCUUCCUCUCGAAACCUAACUCCUCUGGUGCCUUGAACAAAAUGCAUUCUGCCUCAAAAGAAAGAAAAACUACUAAAACGUUAGGAAUAAUUAUGGGAGCGUUCGUCGUUUGCUGGCUGCCAUUUUUUAUUCUUGCACUCAUCCGUCCGUUUCUGACCGACCCGACGGUCAUCCCGCACUGGUUGGUCAGCCUGUUGCAGUGGCUUGGAUUCGCAAACAGUUUCCUCAAUCCAAUAAUAUACGCUCGAUUCAACAGAGAUUUCAGGAAACCAUUCAAAGCCAUUUUAUUCUGCAAGUGUAUCGGCAUCAACACUCAUCUAAGAAGCGAGAAGUACACGGAAGACUACGGCCCCUCCAACACUGAGUUCUCGAGCGGGGUCUUCAGGAGGAAUAGUCAGCAGGUUCAAUAUAGAAACAGCUUCCAACAACAACGAAACAGUGGCAGUUCAUUUGAUGGCUACAGAGUCUGA